AUGAAGAUCCUGAGUUGGAAUUGUCGGGGCUUGAGCAACCCGCGUGCAAUUCCGAACCUGCGACAACUAGCUCAAAAACACCACCCUGAUGUCUUUUUCCUUUCCGAGACGUUGGCAAAAAAGCAGAAACUUGAGAGUGUUCGUGUUUCUCUUAAAUUUGACUCGUGCUUAUCCAUUGACGUCGUCGGGAGAAGUGGAGGUUUGGCGGUGUUAUGGAAAGAUUCUGUUAAUUGUAGUAUCGUGAACUUUUCUAGGAACUUUGUAAACUUGGUGAUUCAAGACAAUGAUAAGGAAGAAUGGAGACUCACUUGCUAUUACGGUUAUCUAGAACGACACAGAAGGAGGGAGGCGUGGGAUAUGUUAAGAGAAGUUCGCGACAUGUCGACAACUCCUUGGUGUGUUAUCGGCGAUUUUAAUGAUCUUCUCUCGCAUCAAGACAAGGUUGGUAUCCACCCGCAUCCAAAUUGGUUGUGCGCCGGCUUUCGUGAAGCGGUGUCUGAUUGCAAUCUGUUAGACAUCCCUAUGGAAGGCCAUCCUUUUACAUGGAUAAAAAGUCGAGGUACACCGCAUGUUAUUGAAGAAAGACUAGACCGUGUGCUUGUUACGCAAGAAUGGAUGGAAUUUUUCCCUGCAGCAAAACUCAAUAAUUUGUUGGCUUCACACUCUGAUCACAGCCCUAUUUUAUUACAGUGUGAACCACCUCAAUUGAACCGCCAUAAGUCAUACUCCUUUAGGUUUGAAAAUGCUUGGUUAAAAGAUGAUGAAAUUCAAGAGAUUGUUAGCAAAGGUUGGAAUGCCGAGGAAGAAAUGCAUGUUACCCAACGCCUUAACAAUUGUGCGUCGGAAUAUCUCGGUGGAACAAGAUGA